GGAAAAUCAACGUGUCAGUUCUCCGAUGACUCCGGCACCGUCCGCACAUGCCUGGAAUGUCGAUUCGUACCACCGAAAUACGAGUAUAGGACUAGUCACACGUACGUUACACCUUUGCCGCUUCCCGAGAUUUGCGUGUAGAAUAUUGCCGUAAGACCGUCGUCGUCGAUUAUCGUGUACCAGACGAGGGACACGUCGCUCGGCACACGGCAUUGACGGUCCCGCGCCGGCAGUGUCGUCAUGGAGGUAGUACGACCGUCAUAGCCGCGACACACGUGUCAACACACUCGUCUUCUAACCGUCUACUCACCUCCACAGCCCAACCAAACACGACAUAAUAUAACAUCCGAUCCACGGUUGCCCUAAGUCCCUAACUUCAUGUUCUCGUAUCAGUACGGACAGUACGCAAUGUUUACCACCGUCGUAGUGGUUGUGAUCGCGACUUGUUCGACCGCGUCAGUCCUUGGACAGCCAGAUAAACCAACAGCCGAUCGUGGUGGUUGUCCUUCACCCGGACUCACGCUGAAUGGCACUAGAGUUGUUCCACGGUCGGGCAUGUCGCCGGACUUUUCAACAUUGUCUGAAGUGAAAUUCCCAGCACGCCUGCCAUCCCCUUCCGGCAAGGGGUCGGUGUCGGUGGCGUCGUCAUCCUCAGCGGAGGCUGAAACUCCGUCCAGGAUCUGCAAGAUAAAAUGUGUUUCGGGUCAAUGGGUUGGUCCCCUGUGCCAAGAAAUAAAUGGCGAUGGCAGAUUCCAGCCAAUACUAAAAUCAUGUGCAUUGGACGAAGUGCCACCAAAUCUUAUUCUGUCAUUUAAAAAUCGGAUUAUCGUAGAAUUCAAUACGACAAUACCUCACAAUAGCACAAUAUCAGCACGUUGUCAAGAACCUAUUGGUACAUACAAACUUAGUGGACCUUCAGUUUUAAAUUGUAGCAACGGCGUUUGGUCUAGCCCAAUACCUAAGUGUCAACCGACAACUCUAUUCACUAAUUAUUCAGAAAACUCGCCACCGACAAUUUUGGUACGGGUUCCAUCAGGAUCAGCAGCUGUAGAUCAAAAUGGUGGACUAGUCGUUUUUCCUGGAUCUAUAUUACACUUAGAAUGUCUUCAUUUGAGACGACAUGGUGAUCCGGAGUGGACAUGGACAUCUGAGGCUGAAACUUAUCUUACCGGAUGGGCGAUAGGAAACGACGAACGCAAUUGGAAGUAUCGACUAUCUAUUUAUUAUGUAAAGCAAUUUGAUACAGGCUCAUACACUUGCACUACUUCACGUGGCAUAAACAACACUAUAACACUUCAAGUUUCAGAUAUCCAUUGUAAACCAGUGCCCAGUAUGAAUCUCAAUCCUCAUCUCAACUACAGAGCGAGUGGGCAUAGGCUUGGUCAGACAACAUACUUCAACUGCCCACCUGGAUUUUUCCUCAAAGGUUCAGCAAAUAUCACUUGUCUUCCUUCAGGAGACUGGUCAAAUUCACCACCGGAUUGCAUCAUGGUUAAGUGCCCGCCAAUCACCGUCGAUGAUUCAAGGUUGAUCAUGGUUGAGUACAACGACACGUACGGCAAACGAGCAGCGUUCAAAUGCGCUUGGGGCUUCCAAAUGUCUGGUGUCAAUUCUAUUGAGUGUUUGGCGGAUUCCACGUGGUCGCAUCGAAUACCUACAUGUACCGAAAUUCUAUGUCCAACCCCGGUUGUGCCACUCAACGGUCUUCUGAUUGAAGAUUCGGCUCCAGGGCGUCAUGUAGUCGGCUCCAUGGUGCAAUUUUCUUGUGGUGAAAAACAUCAGCUGAUCGGAAAACCCAGCAUGGUGUGCACAGAAAAUGGCACUUGGUCACACUCCACGCCAUACUGCAAAGCCAGAUGCGAGUAUCCGGGAGAACCGCCCAACGGCCGUAUCAUACCGCUGAAGUUCUGGUACGUGCCGGGCGACAAGUUGAAAAUCACAUGCCUGACAGGGUACGUUCUGCCGCUGCCACUCGAGUCCAGUCCGCCCGUGUGCCUCGGCAACGGCACGUGGUCGCAUACGCUGCCCGAAUGCAUAGAGUACACGAACGUGUGAUCGGAUGACGGCGAUCAGAUCGCGACGUGACCGGGUGGGCGAACACUACGCGGUUUGGCGGAUGGAGCUCGCUUGCCCGCAAACCGUUUGCCGUCGGACGUUUCACACUAAUAAUAUAAUUAAUUAAUUAUAGUCAUGAUGUAGCGUCUAAUAACAACAGUUAUUAUACGCACCCACAGUUGUAAUAUAAUAAUAUUGUAUUCCCAUAGGCGUAGGCGCAGAUAUAUGAAUUCCUAUGUGUGUGUGUGUGUGUGUGUGUGUGGUGUGUGUGUGUGUGUGAGUGCGUGUAUGUGUGUAUGUGUAUGUGUGUGUGUGUGAGCGAGGGAGAAGAGGAGAACUCGAAUUUGACACCCCCUCGUCGACAAUGUGUUGUAAUGAAAUACAAAUAUGCAUGAGUUAUUGCGGACCCAUACGCAUAGGUAAGAAAACGUGUAAUUAUAUAAUAAUUAUUGUGUGAUUAUAUUAUACAUUAUUAUAUUAUUAUGUUAUAUUUAUUCGCUGAUUUUUUAGCAAACUGAAACGAAGUAUUACCUUUACAGUGACGUCGGUGAUCUAUUUAACGAAAGAUACUUAUUUUUUCAAAAACUAUUUACUUUUUUGGAAAAUAUUUAUUUUACAUAAUUUUAAAUACCCGAUUAAAAAUUAAAAAUUCACUAAUUUUAUCUCUAUACAUUUUUUAAUUUGUUUUUACUCUUUUUUCUUAUAAAGCAUAUGAGUUUUUAAUUUCUUAUUUCAAAGUUUUGAAGUAUAUUUCGAUACAUAAUAUUCAAAUUAUAGACCAGUAAUUUAUGAGCAUAGUUAUAAGUAUAAAUUAGGCGAAUGCGGAGUGGUACAAAAGUACCCUGCAAAAUAUCAGUUCACUACUUUACUCGUCUUAACUUCAAACUAUUUCUCCAAAAUCGAAUUUUCAUAGAAUUUAUAUUAUAAAUAGUAUUCUGCUUUGGAAUAUGAAAUUAUAAAUGUAUAGGUACUUUCUUUUAAAAGAGAAAAAACUAGAAUUAAAUAAUGAUAAAAAAAAUAUAAUAUUUUUACUAAAAACUUUUUUUUACAGUAAGUAACUUAAAACUAUUUACAAGAAUAUGUUCAAAAAAAGGUUAGUCUACUGAAAUAAUAAAUGUCUCACGUUAAGUUAAAUACACCGGUGGCCAUGACAUCAUGGCGAUUCAUAUCAUACCUAUGUCAUUAUAACGAUAAAAUUUAUUUUUAUCGUUGUACGUAUUAUGUGUUUAUAAACAAAUCGGUCACACUAUUUUAUUAAACUUUAGUCGAUAAACUUAAUAUUAUUUAAUUUCUUUGUCAAAAAAAAAAAAAAAAAAACCAUUUAAAAAUGUAUACCUAAUGUUGAAAGCGAUGAAAAUCGUUUUAAAUCUUUGUUAUUCAUAUGAUAUAAUCAUAUCGAUUUGACCUCAUCUCAAACCGCGUUCCCCAAAUUGCUAUUUGGGUCUACUUUUAAACAUAGGUAACCACGUUGUAGUUAACGCUUCCUAUACUCCUAUCAACCACAGACGUUCGACGCAUUGUCAUCGCAUAUUUUAUGUAAAACAUAAUAAUACGCACUUAGUACCUAUACUACUAAUAAUUUUUUUAGUUAUUUUACCACUGAUCUCAAGACGUAACAUCGUCAACCUCAACUAAUGAAUACCCUAGUUCAAUCAUCCGAAAUCGAAACAAUAAUACUAAAGUCUCAUUAUAAUAUUGUUAGCUACCGUCAACUCGUGUUAUGUAAUCAUUCAUGAUAAAUUGUUAUUAAUCAUUGUUACACUGUACAUGCCAACAUACAUUAUUACAUUAUUGCGUGAUAUUAUAUAUUAUAUAUUAAAAUAAUUGCAAGUACCUAUGACAAUAUAAUAUUAUUAUUAAAUGUGCCGUGUGCUUCAGUCAAGUAGGUCAACGCGUUAGUAUUGUUAAAAAUUGUUUUUCAAAUCCAUCUAAAAUCACAGCGUAAACACUAUUGGACAUUUCUACGCAACGUUGUCACGGAAAGCUCGUGUCAACGGUAUAUAUUGUUAUAUAUAUAAUAAUAUAUCUGUCGGGUUCCCCUGUACUGCAAUGGCUCAGGUUUGAUCCCGACAAUUGCGCCGGAUUUCCGAGUAACUAUAUAUUUACGGCCAAGGGCGAUAAUUCCGAUUCGGCGUGCUCUCUGACUACCUGCUUUGCCUAGUUUUAUUCUCUCUCUCAUUCUCUCUUUAUUUUUAUUAUAUUUGAACUUAUGUAAUUGACGUCAAAUGAAAAUGGAAAAAUAUAAAACGCUUUUGUCCUUCCGUUCGAAAAACCGGGAUACAAUUCUGAGGCCGUUUUUCGACAGAAAAUAUCUGCCAGUCGAUGUUGCUUUUGCUGCGAUGAUUUUCGCUAGUGGAAAUACUUACAUCUCUACCCAGUAAUAACCACAAACUAAAAACAUUUUCAAACAUCGAUUAUAUUUCCAUUUAUUUAAGACUUUAUAACUUGUGAAAUUAUUUAUUUUGUGGCAAUUACCCAAUAACUAUUCAUUAUAAUAUCUGUUGAACAUUUUUAAUGUAGUCAACAUGCAUAAACCAAAAAGUUUUGAUUAAUAUUAAGUACCACUGUACAUAUUAAAAUGUAUAAUAUUAGAUUAGAUUUUAAUUAUCAUAAAACACACACACACACACAAUAUACAUGGUAAGAACGGUGAAAAAUAUAUCAUAUGAUCACAUUAAAAUAUAAUAAUAAUUUAUAUGAAGAAAUAUAGAAUUUAAAGUCGUUUUUUAUUUUGUUAAUGGUAUUAAAGAUUUUUUUAAUGUAAUAUUUGGUUGUAAUAAUACAAUAUAAUUAUGUAAUAGUAUAAUAUUAUCAUAAUAUUAUUAAAUCUGUUAAAAAUAAUUUAUAGAACCUAUAAAUGUUUAAAUUAAUCAUACCUAUAAUAUAUAUGGUCCAAUUUGAGUGGUUUUUUGAUCUAUUUUAUACUCCUACUUAUUUUGUUCGAUAAUUAAAAAUAUAAAACACCUUUUUCUAUCGACAGUAAAAAUUAGAUAAUUUUACUACAGUUCUUUAAAAUACGUGGUUGAUAAAUUUAAUACUUACUAUUAAUAUAAUUUUGAUAUUUUCAUUUUUAUAGAUGUUCGUGCUUUUUUUAUUUUACAGCACUUUUUUCGACAUUCCUUAACGUAUUUUGUGUUAGUGCCAUAUUAAACAUUUUUCAUCCGGAAGUAAGCCAAUUAUAUAGCUAACGGCUUUUUUCUCAUACAUUGUAUUCCCUCAUUUUAGAAAUUUGGCAACCUAUCAAUGUUUAAAAUCCAAGUUCAGUAGCAGGUGUAAAGAAAAAUAUUGCCAGGAAAUUGAAUUUGCUGUUUCUGAAAUUUGUUACCACGAGAAACCGUAAUUUUAACCUCUCAAGGUGCGGCUCCAUCGUACAAACCUUAAUAAAGAUUCAACAUCAAUUGUUGUACUCCUAAAUAUUUACUCCUGAAAAUAACCAUAUCAUAGCUUCCCAAACUUACCAUAUCCACUAAUAAAAUUUUAAGUAUAUUGCAGAACUUCAGAGAGUUUAGACAUUAAUAUUUAUUAUAAAAAGUUUAAAUCGAAAAGUAAACACAACACUUCUAAUAUUAACCAAGUUAUGAGAAAGCUAAUAGUAAAAAUAUGCAAGUAUAUUAAAAUUAUAAAACAUGUUUAAUUUAUUUAGAUUUAAUAGGGACUAAUAUAAAAAUUAAUUUUAUAUAUUUGAAAUAUUUAAUAUUAAUUUAACUAAAACAGUGUGAAUAACAAUACGAAAAUAAAUGACCACCAUAUUUUUGUAUAUUAUUUAUUAUUUACUAUUUUAGAUGUAUUCAUUAUAAUAAAUGUAUUAUGAUUAUGGAUUUAUUAUGUAUAUUGUAUGUACCUAUUUGAAAUUUUCAAAUAAUAAUAACAAUAUUUACGUCUA